GCAGAAGAUACUAUGAAGAUAAUGGAACAGAGGACCAAAGAGAAGACUGAAACUCUGGCCUCUUUGGAAGAUACCAAGCAAACAAAUGCAAAACUACAAAAUGAAUUGGGCACACUUAAAGAAAACAACUUGAAAAACGUGGAAGAGCUUAACAAAUCAAAAGAACUUCUGACUGUAGAGAAUCAAAAAAUGGAAGAAUUCAGGAAAGAAAUAGAAACCCUAAAGCAGGCGGCAGCUCAGAAGUCCCAGCAGCUUUCAGCAUUGCAAGAAGAGAACGAUAAACUUGCCGAGGAUCUGGGGAGAAGCAGGGACGAAGUCACAAGUCAUCAGAAGCUGGAAGAAGAAAGAUCUGUUCUCAAUAAUCAGUUGUUAGAAAUGAAAGAGAGAGAAUUCAAGUACAUAAAAGACACAGAUGAAGAAAAAGCUUCCUUGCAGAAAUCCAUCAGUGUUACUAGUGCCUUACUCACAGAAAAGGAUGCAGAGCUGGAAAAACUGAGAAAUGAGGUCACAGUGCUCAGGGGAGAAAAUGCCUCUGCCAAGUCCUUGCAUUCAGUUGUUCAGUCUCUAGAUUCUGAUAAGGUGAAGCUUGAGCUCAAGGUAAAGAACUUGGAGCUUCAACUCAAAGAAAACAAGAGGCAGCUCAGCAGCUCCUCAGGUAAUACUGAUACUCAGGCAGAAGAAGAUGAAAAAGCCCAGGAGAGUCAGAUUGAUUUCCUAAAUCUAAUUGAUUUCCUAAAUCUAGUAAUAGUGGACCUUCAAAGGAAGAAUCAAGAUCUCAAGAUGAAGGUAGAAAUGAUGUCAGAAGCAGCCCUUAAUGGGAAUGGGGAUGACCUGAACAAUUAUGACAUUGAUGACCGGGAGAAACAGUCCAAGAAGAAACCUCGCCUGUUCUGUGAUAUUUGUGGCUGCUUUGAUCUCCACGACACUGAGGAUUGUCCUACCCAGGCACAGAUGUCUGAGGACCCUCCCCAUUCCAUGCACCAGGGCAGUCGGAGCGAAGAAUGCCCGUACUGUGAAAUCUGUGAGAUGUUUGGGCACUGGGCAACCAACUGCAAUGAUGAUGAGACCUUCUGA